UCAGAGUUGUGCUAUCUGGGAUGGCUUGAGAACCCCACAAGUUUUCUUAAAAUAUUCUAUUGAGACUUUCUUUUCAUCUUCAUUGACAUUAACUACUUUCCCCACAUAGUAGUCCUUGGAAGAUUUAAUAAUGGCAACAAAACUGUUCUUGGAAAACACUACAUCAUUGUCAUUUUUGUAACUCACUGGUAUCACUGGCAUAUCAGUUUCAUCAUUUGAGAUCACUGGCAUAUCAGUCUCAUUAUUGGUAAUCAUUGGUGUAUCAGUUUCAUUAUUGGUAAUUAUUGGCGUAUCAGUUUCAUCAUUGGAUAUCACUGGCGUAUCAGUCUCAUUAUUGGUAAUCACUGGCGUAUCAGUCUCAUUAUUGGAGAUCAGUGGCAUAUCAGUCUCAUUAUUGGUAAUCAUUGGCGUAUGAGUUUCAUCAUUGGUAAUCACUGGCAUAGAAGUUUCAUCAUUGGUAAUCACUGGUGUAUCAGUCUCAUUAUUGGUAAUCACUGGCGUAUCAGUCUCAUUAUUGGUAAUACUGGCAUAUCAGUUUCAUUAUUGGUAAUAACUGGCAUAUCAGUCUCAUUAUUGUUAAUCACUGGCGUAUCAGUCUCAUUAUUGGUAAUCACUGGCGUAUCAGUCUCAUUAUUGGUAAUCACUGGCGUAUCAGUCUCAUUAUUGGUAAUCACUGGCGUAUCAGUCUCAUUAUUGGUAAUCACUGGCGUAUCAGUUUUAUCAUUGGUAAUCACUGACAAAAGUCUGUGGAAUUGAAAACAGUUGAGAAAGUUCAUCCCAAAGCUAUCGAUCUUGAAAUGCGACAAAAAUAUGAUAAACUGCCAAAUAAAAGCCAGAAGCAGAAAUAUAGCAAAUCUACAGGAUUAAAAGGACAAACAGUACUAACCAGACAACAGCACUAUGAUGGCUUACAGCAAAUUUCCCCUGAUGGUGCUCAUGCCAUUCAGGAUUUAGUCCAUCAUUUAAUGGACUUGAUUACAGGAAAAACUGAUUCUGAGAAGCUCAGAAAUGCUGAAAAAUUGUUUGGCCGCUUCAAUAAUACAUGGAUCGAUAACACAAAGGAACCACCAGCAAAAAGGAGAAAACUCGCACAGCCACAAUCUCCAUGGACUUUAUCAACGUCCAAUUUAAAGAAGGCAGACAUUAGGGCCAUGUCAUUGCUUGUUCCCCAUGGAUGGGAUUUGAAACCUGGACCUUUAUUCUCUAAGCCACAUCUCCUGAAAAAAAUGCACUCAAAAGCGCAAUUUGUUAAAGAACAUAUUCUGAUUUAUUGUAUUCGUGCCCUCAUUGGAAAUAUUCAAAUAGACACUCUAAAACAAUUAUUCAAUUGCAUUGAUGAAAUGACUGCAGCUUCAGUCCCUAAAGAUUCAUGGAGUCAGUUGGCAGAAAAGACAAGCGAAGCUUUGUGCAUGCUCGAACAAGAUUGGCCUCUUUCCCUACAGAACAUUACUACCCAUAUAUUCCAUCAUAUGGUAAUGGACUUAGAACGCUCUGGCCCCAUGUAUGCUCGAUGGACUUAUCCAUUUGAAAGAGUUCAGUGUUGGGUGGCACACCAGGCCCUGAACAAACAGCAUCAAGAAGCAACCAUCAUGGAAGCAUAUGCAGUUUACGAUUGGGUGUCCAAUAUGGCAUUAAGCGGUCAGGCAGCUAAAGUCACCAAGAAAGUUCCAUCAGAAACCCCCAAGACUAUGACAGAGUAUAUGUCAAUGUCACCAUCUACAGAUAAAUGUAGGACAUUAUCUUUGUUAAAAUAGGAC